UGCCGUGUUCGCUUCAAUUACAUAGUGUAUUAUGUAGGUACCUAGGUUCUAGGUACUCUAUUUAGUAAUAUUUACACAUCACUACUUAUUAAAUAUUGUGACUUUUGUACAAUUAAAAUAUUAUAAAAACGCAAUGAAGUAAAUAACCAUUCACGUCCUUUUUACUCCACUAACACUUCGUAGUAUGUGUGCUCGGCCGUUAUUGGGGUGCGCAAACGCCACAUUUGCCGGUAGGGGGGUCUUUGCCCUCUGUUACAGAAAACGUCGAGCAAUCCCUACGACCACAUGGUAGUCACGCCGCAGCCGUCGAGGUUCAAACGUCAUUCGCCGAGGCUCUGUCUUAAAAAUUUGUACAUCAAUCGCGAUGUUUUACCUUGGUACUGUUCUCAUAUUAAAUUAUUACGAUAAUUGUUUUAAUAUUAUAAUUAAACUUUUCAUGAAAAGUCAUACAUUAUUUUGUAUUCUAUCUGCAACAUUUACUGAAUCUAAAGUACAAUAAAUUUUCAUAAGUGCAAUAAAAUUUAAUAUACCUCUCAUGAGUCCCACGACGUGUUAUCAUGAAACCUUAUCGUUUGCUAAACAUUAUGUCCUAACGACUUCGAUUUAAACCCGCAAUGAUCAGAGACUGGGCUAUGCAUUGGUUUUACACAAAGAAUGGUCUAACAGACAAAAACCGAAGUGCGCUGGAUGUUUAUCGGCAGGAGAAUGUGUCGGAAGUUGCUAACAUCCACGACUGGCAAAAUGAAUUGGAGACAGAACUGUUUCAAGGGUAUUCGCCUGCCCUAUUAACGUUUGCUAGUAUAUGCUGUGUGGUGUAUAUGAUGGUUGGCGUACCUGGAAAUCUCAUCACCAUCAUCGCCUUGUUUAGAUGCAAAAAGGUGCGUAACGCAACAGCAGUAUUCAUCAUCAACCUCAGCGUGUCAGAUUUGAGUUUUUGUUGCUUCAACUUACCACUGGCUGCCUCUACGUUCUGGUAUAGAUCGUGGAUACACGGCCAAUUGCUUUGCCGCCUCUUCCCGUUAGUCAGAUACGGUUUGUUAGCCGUGUCCCUAUUUACCAUACUGGCUAUAACCAUCAAUCGAUACAUCAUGAUUGGACAUCCGUCGCUUUACCCAAAGUUGUAUAAGAAAUUCUAUUUGGGCGUUAUGGUGACGGUGACUUGGGUCGGUGGUUUUGGGUUACUGAUUCCCACAUGGCUUGGAAAAUGGGGCCAAUUCGGUUUAGAUGUGACCGUUGGCUCGUGCUCCAUACUUCCAGACUCUGUUGGUCGGUCGCCAAAGGAAAUCCUGUUCAUGGGCGCAUUCGUGGUGCCUUGCUUGUCUAUUGUCGUGUGUUACGCUCGGAUUUUCUAUAUCGUCCGAAAAACAGCCCUCAAGUCACGGGCUACGGUGACAACUAACCCACGUCACACGAUGAAUACCAAGCCGUCGGACGCUACACCCUAUUACACUCUCAAGACCCGCUUCAAGGUUCCCGAGAUAUCAACAGACUCGGCCAUCGGAUCCAGUACAGCUACCGGCACGUGCUCCACUACCGAUUCGAAGGAACAAAACUUCCUUUCCCCACAUGACAUUAUCGCCGACCCUAGUUCGUCCGGACUCGAAGAGAGUUAUUCACCGAUAUCUUUCUCUGAUCGCAGGAGUUCCAGACGACGCGACCGUUCACCAUCGUCCGCCCUCAACGCCACCAUCACUCAAGUCGUAUCAGCGGUAUUUCAGACAAAAGAGGACUCCUCUCCGAGGACACGCAAACAGAGCACCAUUGGCGUUGACAGGAUGUCGUCGAAAGACAAGAAGCUGCUAAAAAUGAUCCUUGUAAUAUUUGCAUCAUUUGUCACAUGCUACUUGCCGAUCACCAUUAGCAAAACAUCACACGAACUGGACGACUUGCACGUGCUAAACAUAACCGCAUAUGUCCUAAUAUAUUUGACCACGUGCAUCAAUCCAAUCAUUUACGUAGUCAUGAGCUCCGAGUACCGUCAAGCAUACAAGAACCUGUUGAUGUGCAAAAGUUCGCUGGAACAACAACAGACCCACAGAGGAGUGACUAAAAAACUGUCCGGUCCAUAAGCAUAAGUUUACAGUUAGAUUAAAUUAAGAAUAUUUAUAAGAUGUAAAGCGUACAUGGUAAGAUUAUUAAUUUAGAGAUUAAUCCUAAUAACUAUAUACCAUUUUUAUGUUUAUAACAAUUACGUUCGUUGGUAUAUUAUUAGUACCCAUCGUGUCGAUCAAUAUUAUCACUGCCUCGAUAAUUUUGUUUCUACAAUAAAACAAUUACUAGACAAUUAUAGGAUAUAAACGUACGUUUUGUGGUAUCGAAAGUGUAGCUCCAGAGUUACGCUUCAAUAAAGAUAAAACAAACCAAACGUAUUUUUACUAACAGUCACAUUUCGCCUUAUGCGUAAAACUAUAAAGUGAAUACUUACAAUAAAAUACGUUAAAAGAGUAACGUAAUCGUACACAUACGAACGCAUUAUUUCACAAGAAACUGGCUCUUAGAAAGUUACACAUUUUGUAAAAUAUAUCCGACACCCGUGUACAAGUAUAAACUUAGGUGAUAUUCAUUCAGCGUUAAUCGGUCAAUAUCUAUAAAUGUUAAGAUAAUCGUAUAACUUAUAUUUACACUAUUUUUUAUUAGUCACAAAAUCAUCCUUCAUCCCGCUUCUAAUGCGUACCUAAGCGUGUGUACCAUCAUCUUGUGGAUUUAAAAUGAUAACUCGUCAUUUUUAUACUAUACUUAUAAUAUUAAUGUACAGCCGUACAAGUAAUUAAAAGAACGAAUAUAACGUCGUCAUAUAAUAUUCCUUAUUGAAACUAAAUAAUUUGAGCUAUUGACUGAUUUACAUUAAAAUUAUCGCUCUAUAUAUAAUAUAAUCUAAUAUGUGUCUAUGAAAACCGUGUUAGUAGUCAAAAUUCAAACUUCUUAUACUACGAUUAAUCAAAACUUUAUAAAUACAUAAUUCGAUAAACGUACGUUACUUGUAAUUACCAUAAAUUAAGUUCCAUUAUUAGACGAAUUAAUUAGAUCGGUGUUUCAGUAGUUACAUUUUCUUGUAAAUUAACUCGUAAAUAUAUUUUGACAUAAAUAAAUUAUCCCGAUUCAUAUGUAUAAUCAAAUCUAACUUGUAGAAGUGCUUUUCGCUACUUAAUAGUUAAUGGGAAUCAAUUUAUAGUUAUAAGAUAUAUUGUACCUAGAACGACAAAUCAUCAGGAUUAGACCAUUUCGAAAUUGAUCAAUAUUUUAUGGAAUUGUAACUUGUUAAGGAGAAGUCCGCAUUAUUGAAGCAUUAAAUAAGCGUCGAAAAUUGUCCUGUGAGCAGUGGUGGCAUAGGUUAGGUUUGUAGGUACGCCGAUUGUCGUCAUUCGAUAGCACCGAUGAUCCUAUAUGACGUACAUACAUGAUAUAUACCUAUUUGAUGUAUCCACAACUUGUCGACGAGCGUUAAAUUAAUUAAAAUCUAAUUUCGAAACUAAAACUCGGUCGAUCGACCCUUUUCUUUCUGUACAGUACAACGCGUACAUUACCGUCUACACGAGCAGAUAAUGAAUGUAUAUGGCGAUAAUAUGACAAACAUAUUAUCAAAAUGACUAACAAAAAAACACUGGUCAGACGGUCAUCGACUCCAACGCGUGUGCGACAAACGUAAUAAUGUAAUUGAUGUUCUGUGUUGUACUAUCGUCUCGUACGCGUUUUUUCACGUCUAAAUCCCUAUAGUAAGUACGUACUUCUUCUGCAGUAUACUGUUCGUAUGACGGUGACAUAUCGUCUCACAUCGCAUUGCCACGCACCGCAUUAUACUAAUAUUGAUGAGGACAAUAAUUAUUAUUAUUAUAAUAUUGCCGUUUGUCUUUUCUAUAUCAUCACUGUCCCGGACUACUACCGAACCCCUCGGAUAAAGAUACGACCGUCGAGUGACACACUCGUCGCCACCUACCUACCAGCUAUGCUACCGCCCAUGUUUAAUAUUAUAUUAUUGUGCCAGAGCCGAUCGGCGAUCAUGAGUUUGAAAUAUCCGUUCCGUCUGUGUACGUUAAUCCGACUCGAGUUCACGGGUGGUAUUUUUUUUUCCCGGAGCUUUUUGCGGGCUCUCCGGAUCGAACCGACCGAUUGACCGCUAUAGUUGUGUUAUAUCGUAUAUCGAAAUAAUAAUAUUAUCAUACCACAACGAUAAUACGCGCACAUAUAGGCGUGUCGUUGCAGAGAUUUGCACGUAGAUUAAACGGUUCCAGUACGGUGUAUAAUAUUAUAUACGUUAUGUAAUUUAGUGUAGGCGCUUUUCUCGUUUUGUAUUGUUCGGUUUUUUUUUUUUUAUGUUUAAAUGCACGAGUAUUAUUUUUCCGCUUGCACGAAUGCCGCAACGUUACAUAGCAUAAUCCCCGUGAUUUAUAUAAUAUACCCACUGCUGCAGUGUGUGCAAAGAAACAAAACGCUACGCGUGUUUAUUAUUAUUACCGACAUUAUUACCCUAUGGGUUGUACCUUAUAAUAAUGUCAUACUUAGGAUAACGUUUUAUCGUCGAGGUGCUUGAUAUGUACAUAUAUUAUAUAUUGUGUAUAGUAUAGGUAUAUAAACUAUAGAUUGGUGGGUGUGCGUUAUGCCUAUAUGUAUAUGGGUGCGCGUAAUACACGAGACUGUAUAUGUGACUAAAGUAGACUGAGUAUAUAUUACUAGUUAUCGCGUGUUUAAGACUAUGGUUAUAAAAAUAAAUAAGUAUAAAUGCUCAAGUGUGAAAUUGUGUGUGUGUGUGUGUGUGUGUGUGUGUGUGUGUGUGUGUGUGUGUGUGUGUGUGUGUGUGUGUGUGUGUGUGUGCGUGUUCACCUGUAUGUUGUUGUUGUAUUUUUGUGCGUCUGUGAUUAAUAAACGUAAUAAUAUUAUUCGUUGUAUAAUAUUACAAAUGAUUAAUAGAAUAACGUUUUGGAACACCUGUGGAGCUGGAAGUGAACAAAAAUUACUGCCGCCGCGCAAAGUACGUCCACGUGACGCCUCCGUCGGCCACCGCUUCUAAACGCGCUCGUCCCGUGAUAAAACCUCCCUGUUUUGCAAGUCAUCUGGUUCGAUUGCACACGAUUCAAUUGGCUGUGGCCUGUGGAUCCGUGUCCCAACACAAGACAAUACACACAAAGCCUCCGGAAAUCAUGUACAAGUAUAUUAUAUUACUGCAAUUCAGUGGUGGUGUGAAAUUUUUUUCCUAUGAAGCAAUAAGUGCCUUAAAUAAAUACCCACGCAAUAAUUUUCACACAUUUUAAAAGUCGUAUGUGACUAUGCGAGUAUGAAUAAUCAAAAACUAGUCUAGCCAUCUGGGUGUUAGAGACUGGAGUCAUUGCGGGAUACCCACCCCCACUUUUUCAUAAGGCAGCUGCCUCAUAAAGUAGCCAUUUACGCCACCACUACUGUAAUUAUAAUAGGCUGGAGAUAGACUUUGUGGGAGUUCUGAUGAAACAGCCACAUCGACUUUUACACACGAUCAGACAAAUUUUGUCAUUUUCCUGUAGGAAUAUAUUUUUAGAAAUACAGUCGAACGUGGUUAACUAGAACUUAUUUAACUCGAAAUCUCUAAUUUUUCCCCAGUCCCUAGAAUUUCCUAUAAUUGUAUUAUAUCCUUGGAUAACUCAAAUUCUUGAAUAACUCGAACUUUCUGACCGAUUCUUCAUCUUCGAAUUAACCACGUUCGACUGUAACAUACAUUAUACGUUUUUCCAAUUCGUGUAGAACUUACGUAUAUAAUAUUAUAAUGGUAGUAUUUUCCAAGUAAGAGUUUAUAAUAUUACUAGCUGAUCCCGUGCACUUUGUUACCCGUUAAAUGUACAAACUGUAUAUGACUCGAUCUUUGUUCAAUGCCUUAUUUAAUAUUCGGUGUAUGAUGUUCUAGAUUCAUCUUAACUUUUCUGUUGCCCGGAUUAAAAAUUCUUAUCCGCAGCCGUAUAUUAUCAGGUAGGCAAUCUACCUGCGGUAGAUCGCGGACCCCGUGCUGUUUGUACGUAAGUGUAUGAUUUAACUCUAAAGUAUCAAAGUUAUACAAUUUUGUCGUUUUUACUUAAUUCCACCUACGGUGAAUUAACCACCGAUACAUAUUAUAAUAUCAAAACACAGCGUACAAAAUAAUUAAAUGCAUUGAAUGAAUACACUGAUUUCAUGGCAACCAAUAAUUAUUAUUAUAAUAGCUUUAAAACCCAUGGCAACCAUUUAUAAACAAACAUUUCUGCCAUAAAUCUCUAAAUCCCCGUUUGAGCACAUCCCCUGGUUGGUCCUAGGGGGAUGAUCCGAAGGCGUCAACCAAACGCAUACAAAAAAAUUCAUUCAAAUCGGUCCGGCCGUUCUCGAGUUUUAGCGAGACUAACGAACAGCAAUUCAUUUUUUAUAUAAAAAAGAUAUCAUUUAAUUUUUUUUUUUUUUUUGUAGGAACUCGCUUAUGGAUAGUACCUUUUACCGGCUACAGUGGUUCGUUUGGAAACUUACAUUCGCCCUAUUGACCUAUCGGAGCCAUAAGCUAAUGGCUACCCCUUAAAUUCGCUACCGUAACACGAUUGGCCGUGAUUUUUCUCAUCUUCACGACCAUACACAGACGCCGUUUAAUCAUCCUCAUCCUCUUCAUUAUUAAUUCCUACUCGGUAGCAAUAACGCCGCAAAUGCUCCUUUUUGUGUGUACGUCAAAUCAUUAUCGUUAUAGGUAUUGUCAUAGAUAUAUGCACGCAGCAACGAAACAGUAUUAUUUCAGCUGUUUGUCAACGUCGAGUGUAGGUAUACAAUAUUAAGCAGUUACGCGUGAAAUCCUCCGUCAAGGCGAGAUUAUCAACAUUUGUAACGUUUGUACGAGGGAGUAGAUUAUAUAUAUAUAGGUGCUUAAGUAUAGGUAGAUAUAGGGGAUUACGCGAGGUUCGCAUUAUUAGAACCGAAACGGAUUUGACCGAGGGCAAAGAUAACAUACACCUUUUGUACAUGAUAUCAUAAUAUUAUAAAUCGUCUCGGGCCGCGGCGCAUUGUGGUUCGUAAAAACCGACGAUUUCCGCCUCGUAUAGGUAUAAUGCCGCUCCGACAAUAACACCGCUGCCGCCGAGUCGGAAACGCCGUUUUCGGACACAAACAACGACCCGUUUAUUUAUUUAUUCUUUUUCUUUUUUUCUUCUCAAUCACUUCCGGUCCGAACCGCGUUUUCCUAUCUCCCGCGUAUAACAUAAUAUACCGCCUUAUCCGUUUCCGUCGGCGCGGUAUAAUGAAAAUAGAUUUCCGCUGCACGAAAUCCCGCGAACCACAAUAUACGCAGACGCGCGUGUGACGGACACAUUUCAGACCUACGCCGAUUGUGCGCCGACACACCACUCUGCGGUUUGAAUUGAAAACAAAAACUAACAAAUACACUCACCCCGCACCUUUGAGUAUUCGAAUCGCGUCCGAAAAUGGGGUCGACAUCAAAGGCCCAGUGACUCUGGCCUGUAAUUUCGCACGACUGAAGAUUCGCGUUUUUAUUCGUAUAUAAUACGACUCUGCGUUAUCGCGGCGACGCGGAAUACCGUCACGAUAUUUUUGCAUAUAUAUAUAUAUAUUUUUAUAUAUAUAUGCGAUAUACGUCACAUAUUAUUCAUGAAAACGAAAAACAGUAUAUUUUUUUUGAAAAGAAUAAAAUUACUUUCCUUUUUCGACAAAUGUUUUUCCGAAUAAAUUAUUUUCGAAUUCACCAUCGGUUCAGCGACGAAAUAAAACUGUUAAAUUUGUAACUGCGUGUGUCUAUUUGCUUGUAUACUCAGGCGAUAAAAUAUGUGUUUGGCAGAAAUUUAUUUAUUUUACGACGCAAAAAUUAUUACGAAACGUACAAAAAAUAAUGCAAUACCUUCCGUUUUCACGACCAAUUAUGCUCGCCAUAGUCACAACUCGCAACCAACGAAAUUAAACAUUGCCGCCAUCAUACCUCUACGCGGCUUUCGUACAGAUAUUUAUGAUUAAUACUCGGCGAGGUUUCACUGGAAUUCGCGUGCGCUAUAUUAUGUCUUUCACGAUCCGUGGUCUUCUCCUCUCUCUCUCACUCACUAACCCACUCUCUUUCAUUCUGUCUGUAUUAUAUUGUCCGUCAUCUCUCACUUCGAAACAAUAAUCGUCGUUCCCGGCGCGCAAGCACUGAAUGGCACCCUCGAAUAAUCACAUCAAUCAUUUCCGACAGAGCUAAUAACAGUCACCACACUCGUUUUCGAAAGAAUCGUCUACCAAAUACCAACUCAUAUAUUAUCAUAUAUAUAUAUAGGAUGAUUCACCAAGCAUUCUCGUCCCCUUUUAAUCACCCAAUAAAGAAUUUAUUUAAAUUCUUCUGGUUUUUGGAAGUUUUACCAUAAUACCAGUAUAUACCAUAAUAUUAUCAAACGUUUGGAUAUUUUAUAUCAUUUAAGAAGUGUCAUGUACUCAUGUGGCGAUACAAAUAUGAUGUUGAGAAAUAGGUAAUGGCUAUAAUUUACAAACCUUCAUAGUUCCCAUAUAAACAUAUAGGCUAUAAUCAUCGACUAUAUUACCCUUAGUACAUUAAGUUUAAUAACUCAAAAACUUCUAAUUAAAAUUAAAAUGUAUAUACAUUGACAUUUUCAAAUAAAAAUCAUCUAUUUAACAAUUGUCAGUAAAAAUUCGUUUCAGUCAUUUGAAAAAAGUUAGGACACAGAACACUCACAUACAAAUCUAAAGUACCUAAAAAUAUGGUCUUUGAUAGUAUAUAGAAUCAUGAAAAUAUGGUCUUUGAGUGUAUAGGUAAAAUUCCAAAAAUCAGAUUUAGAAUAAACGUAUAACUAUUAGCUAAGUGUAAAAAUCGGGACAAACACUGAUCAUGAUUGAUGAAUCAUCUUGUAUAGUAUUAUUAAUUAUUGUUAUCGUGCACAAUGGAUGUAAUUUUGUGUUUAUAUUCUAUCGACCAAAACAGUGCCAUGUUUACAUUAACGUGGUAAAUACCAGAAUUACUAAAAACCGCAAUUUCGUCGAUAGGUACGAUUGGCUGAAUUGGGACCACGCCGGUAAGUUCGUCGAUCAUGGAUUUUCAAGUAAAAUAUAUAAAUGCUGUCGGGGGUUACUAUAUGUAAAUAAGUAACGUCCGCGAUUCCGAUGCUGAAAAGUCGAACGGUAUCAAAUAAAACCGAUGUGCGGUCACUGGUCAAGACCCGAUAUUUGUUGCGGGUACCUACCGACGAAAAGCGCGCAUAUAUUAUGUCUGUCACGCAGCGGUAUAUUUUCCGCUACGAUCCAUGGAAAUGGUUCACCCAGGCCUCCGGGAGGAAAUUAAAUGUUUCAACUUUCUCGUCGUCUGGCGGGACUUAAAAAAUAUAUAUAUAUAAUUUCAUAUUUUUUUUAACCAAGAGUGGCGUUUUUCUCAUAAUCUUCUCAUAAUCCUAAUCUUCUCCCUCUCUCUCUCUCUCUCUCUCAAUUAUGGUGGUCGUACGCGCAUAAUAAGUGGACGAAAAAUGGGUCGAACUGAUGGCUCUGAUCUUCUAGAAACACGAAAUCCCCCCUGAAGACCGGAGGCGGUGGCCCGUCGUGCAUGCGUAUAUAUUACGUAUACUUACUAUCAUAAUAAUAAUUAUUAUUAUUACACGGCUUUGGCGCUCGGCGGCGGAAGCGGCGAAAUCGCGUCGAGACCGUUUUGUUCUGCGAAAUUAAAUUCGGCGUUUCCGUACGGGCCAGGAGUGCGCUUGUGUGUGUCGGUGGGCGCGCGCGCGUUCGCGUAUUUGGCCGACAGCGAAAACUUUUAAAUUAGUCGAUUCGCCGAGACUGCGCUUCCGGUUAAAAGCUCUUGCCAGAGAUCUCCCCUCACGCACUCACUACAAACACACAGAGUAUAUAGCGCGUUUUAAUGUACGUGAAAAGAAUUCAAUGUCUGCCUCUGUGUGUGUGUGUGUGUGUGUGUGUGUGUGUGUGUGUGUGUGUGUGUGUGUGUGUGUGUGUACGUGUGUGUGUGUGUACGUGUGCGUGCGUGUGUGUGUGCGGGCGCGCGUGUUUGUCUGAAUGAGUGUAUUUUUUUCCAGCUUCUUUAUUUUUUUAUUUUCGCAAAGAAAUUUUUAUAUUAUUAUGUGCACUGUCGACAAAACGGCUUUAGCUUGUUCUAUAUUAUAUAUAAAAAUAAUAUUAAUCUAUAAAUAUAUAUACUUACGCGUUAUUAAAUAUUUCGUUGCGUUUUCAUUUAUUUAUUUUUUUUUUUUUUGUCGCAAUAUUACGAAAAAAAUGUACAUGUUGUAUGCACAGCGUUUAAUGAUUUUAGCUUUUUUCAUUUAGCGCUCGUCUGUGUUGAAUUUGGUUUUUUUUUUAUUUUUGAAACGGUUCAAACGUCCUAGCGUUGAACGCGAUUUUCGAUCGUAUGUCGCGUCUUAUCACGAGAUGGUGCUAUGUUGAUAGUAUUAUAUUGUUAUUGGUAACGUAAUGUAGAUCGUCCGCGCGACUACGUUUGCUAAGUCUGAAUGGGAAUUUAAUGCGCUUAAGUUUUGACAGUAUUUUAAUUAAGUUGUUUUAAAACGUAAAUUCCAUUGCACUUUGUGUGUAUUUGUGUGUGUGUAUAUAUAUAUAUAUAUAUUAAGUAUAUAUUUGCUAUUAUAAUUAUUAUUAUUCAUUAUUUAAGCUUUUUGGAGGUUAUUUUAUUUUGGUAUUUUAUACGGAACGCUUGCCGCAGUAUGAUUCCGUUUUAAAAUAGCAAAUUGCAUAUCAUUUUAGAAAAAAUAUAACGGCCAAUGAAUAUCUACAUUGAGUAUUGACCCAGUGUGAUUAUUAUGAUAUACAUAUAUUCUAUGCGUUAACCUAUAUAUUAUAUUUAUGGAUAUAGGUAUAUAAUAUUUCGGAACUAAACUGACCCAGGAAACAUGUAAACAUGGAAAAUUAUUUUGGAACAUACACAUAUAUUGAUAUCGAAUAUUAUUAAGUAGAACAGUUAUUAUUUAUUGAAUAUAGGUAAUGGUUUGAUUAUAUCAUUGACAUUUACAUAAAAACAAUUUGGACGAUUUUUCAAAGUAAUAUACAUUUGUAACGGGAUGCACAGUUUUAUAUAUUGUAAUAUAUACUAAUAUUAUGUAUUAAUGUAUUAUGUUUAGGUCGAAAUAACUUUUCUACUAUUUUCUACGUUUCUAACCUAAAUAAUAUACUUUAAUCAAAAAUUGUACUUGUGUAGCACCUAGCGUAUUAUUUAAGAAAACGAAACGAUUUGUUAACAUACACAACUGUGUAGUCCAAUAUUAUACUAAUUCAAUUAUGAUUUUUUCUCGAAAGAAAUCGGUUUUAUCAAACAUUUUUGUUUUUUAAUAUUGUAAUAGGAUUUUUAAUGUACAUUGUAAAUUUUAUAUACAUGCAUAAUUCAAUAUUAUAUUAAACACUACUUAUAUAUAUACAUAAUUUUGCUACAAUACGUUGAAACUCUGUAAAAAUAAUAAAUUAUUAUAUAUAAAUAUAUUGGCGGGUAAAUGAUAUUAUUAUUAUUAUUAUUAUUAUUAAUAUUUUAAAUUUAGUGGAACAUCUCACGUAUUUUUUUUCCUAUGUACGAAAACGUUUUUAUUUUUUAUCACGAAGUAUAGUAGACAUAAUAGGUUUAUGUGGAUAGCUAUGGAUGCGUAAACGUAGUAAUACUUAUUCGAUGGAAUUUGAGAAAAGUCUAACGAUUUAUCUCGUACACCGGGACACAUUACAUUAUAUAAUAAUAUAUUCGAAUUUCGAUCCUCUCACGUCAUAAAAUAAAAUAUUCAAGCUAAAACUCAAUUUUUUACUUUGCAUAUGAAUUCACAUUUGUUUUCUAAUACCUUUUGAAAGACGUGUGCGCAACUAGGGGUGCCAAAUAAAAUAGUUUAUUAAGAAUAUUGUAUUUUUAUGUAAUCUAUUAAUCUAGACUAUAAUAUGGUCAACUAACAACAAUGUAUGAUAGUUCGAAUUAUGAUUACACAGCUGUCUGAAGAACAUUUGAAACAUCAAACGAAAAAUGGACCUCCCUAGAAAAAAGUUGUUUGUGCACAGAGACACGUGAGUUUCAUAUGGUAUUGUGUUCGUAAAACGUCAUUACAAUACGUAUUAUAUAUUGUGUAUGGUGGUUUUUUUAUAAAUUAUGAAAGUGAAUUAAUUUAAAAAACUAAAUUCUUUCACGUUAACUCCUUGCUCAGUUUUAGGUACUAUAAUUUUCAAAAAAUGUCGGUGAUUUUUUUUUGUAAUUUUGUUUUUAACAGUAUACAAUUGUUUAGAAAUACAGCUCGGGGGGUGUGGUCGCCUAGGGCCCCCCUGAAGCCGCCCCUGCGUAUGAUCUAUACGAAAUCUUUACGUUCGACGGAACACACUUUAGGAACCGCUGCCGUUUACGAUCUCGUGUAUUUUUCAAUAUUCUAAGCCGAAAUAGACGACAAUAAUUAAAAUACCUACCUCACGUAAUAAUCCACAGCAGGCGUAAAAGACUUCGGUCGUAGGUAUUACAAUAUAAUAUUAUAUGCGGACAUGUCUCUGCUCGUACAAAAGCUCCGUUAUCUAUAUUGGAGUUUUGCAGCUAUGGGUUUUAUAAUAGUUUUGUAGGUUUAAGUUUAACUACAACAGGUAUAUUAUAUAGUGUCCGCUUUGAUGCGCGUAUAUUUAAAUUCCUAUUUCGCAUUUUCAUAAUAUUUCGAUUUAAUUUUUAGUUCAAAGGGCGAUUUUUUUUUUGCACGUGUACACCUGAUGCGUUUACCUGUUAUUCGUGUAUGGUGUAUAAAUGUAUAAUUAAGUUUAACGCACGUAGAUGUGGUCAUAAUAGUGUUUUCUGAAAAAAAAAAAUUAAUAAUUUUAACUUUAUAGUUUAUUUAAACGCGCAAUAUUAUUAUAACACGGGCAAUCGGUGUUUUAAAUUUAAAUAUUCCCAUGUAAAAACCAAUUUUGUUGUACUCUCAAUAAACUUAUGUGGGCUUAAUAAUUUGUUUGGUUCGGUGAACGCGAAAAAAAAACGAUGUAAUAUUAUAAUUAUGUAAAUAAUAUUAAAGUAUAACAUCAAGUGUUCCGAUCUGAGCUUAAAGUUUUUGUUUGAUUAAAAAUGAAAUUUUGUACAAUGUAAAUUUUUCAUCAGAUUUUUUUUUGUUCUUUAAUUAUCACUGUACCGUAAUAAAAAUACGAGACAAACACUCUACAUAAUAAAUAUUAUUACUACAUUUCCAUAGUCCAUUAUAAUAUUAUUAUAGUUAUUAUAAUAAUUAUAAAAUUUUAACCACAAGUUAGUUUGAUUUACGCAAUAAUUUAUACAGAUUAUAAAUUUGGUGAAGUCGCUAAUUACUUUAUAUCGCGUAAAUAGGUUUUCAAUUUCAGACGUUAUUACGGGAAUUUAUAGACGUCGAGCAUAGUAUGCAAAUGUACUUUACAUAAUAUUAUUAAUUACUGAAACGUGUAUAAUGUAAUAAUGUAUUAUGUAUAUUAUUAUAUAAUAAAUAGGUAGGUAUAUUAUGUGUGUAGGUUUAUCAAAAGAAAUCGUUUCGUCCCUCAAUUAUAGGCUAUAGCAACCAUAUUUUUUUAAGGCGAUAAACGCGCAAACAAUAAGAAAAAAAAGCAUAAAAUAUAAUAUUUUUUUCGGCAUCGACUUCUACACGUCUCGGAGAGACGUGUAUGCAGUCGGUUAUAGACUGAGGUAUCAUACAAGGUUUGAAUCGGACUCGUCUGCGAUAUAAAAAUAUAAACUAUUGUCUAUAAUGUAACAAUGUGUAUAGGUAUAUAUAAUUAUAAUAUGCGAUAUGUAUAUAAUAACGAGUUUCUACGUGGAUAUUAUCAUGUACGGUACCUACCUAUGAUAGUGACUGUAUAUAUUAUAAACUGUACAUUAUAUACUUACCUAAUUCAAUAUUUGUAUAACCGUUUUUAAUACGUAUAAUAUCAUAAUGUGUAAUGUGUUUAGGUAUAUUAUACAAGUUUAUGAGUUGUAGUGUUAUUAAUAUACAUUAAACGUACACUAUACAAUAUAUAUAUAUAUAUUAUGGCAGUGUAUCUAAAGGGCAGCGGACAGGGAAAAAAGAUACAGGACAAUGGCGCGUUGUCCGCAAUUACAUCGGUUCGUCCACACGUCCCGCCGCCAAAAGACCUUUUUCCGGAGAAGUAAAAGAGAAGCAAUCCCCUGACCAGUGGGAAAAAAGAGAGUAGAAAAUCGUUUCGGUAAAAAAAAAAAAUAAAUGUAGGUAGGUAUACUCUGCACGGUCCGACUAGUCACGGUAUUUAUGGUUCUAGAUUAAGUCCAAGUACGUGUAGGUGUGUGUGUGUGUGAGUGUGAGUCUGUCUUGUUUUUGUCCAAUACAUUUUUACACGUGCGUGUAAAACCACCCGAAAUCAUAUAAUGGCUGUGUGGCGAAGGUCGACUCGACGACAAAUUCGCUUGCUCCCGCGCGUGUGUUCUCAAGUUUCACCAUGGUAUACCGAUUACUGGUACAUAUUAUACCGGUAUACUUUUUCAUAGGUACCUAUGGGUAACCUAUUUCGAGUGUCUCGUACCACAUCACCACCACAAGCUGCGAAACUUUGAUAUUUUUCACGAAAUUCUGAAAACUAAAAACCGUGAUUGGCAGUUUAGAUUGAAAUCGAAUAAAUAAAGGUCAUCCGGCCGCGGGUGAAAAUCGAUUUGCCGAGUUAUUUUCGUCUAUGCUGCGGCGGUGACACGACUGCUAUAUAUCCUAUAUUAUAUUACUCGGUAAACAAAAUUAAUAAUAAAUUGUUUUUUAUUUUAUCCGCAAAAAUAAUAUAAAGUCGUCGUUAUGCGCAGCUCUGACGUCAAAACGCCAUCGGCGUCCGGCGACAAUCAAUUAACGCCACCGACUCGUCUGCACACAACAGGUCGCGCGGAGUUUCGUAAACGUUCGCAGAAAAAAAAAAGGUCGGCCAAAAGCUUGUUGUUGAAUACAAUAUAUUAUAAUGCUCGAACAAUGCCCGUCAACCGGCGAAAGGUCUGUUUAAAAAAAAAAACAGCCUGAUUUCGCCUCCUAUCGAAGCGAUUUUCUUUUCUGCACCGUAUAAAACCCCGAGAAACUCGUUAGACCCGACGACGGUGUCCGCGCGCGGCUCAGAUACCUUUUAUACAUAAAUAAAUGGGUGUAAAACGUAUAUAGUGUACGACGUGUGUGUAUAUAUAUAUAUAUUUAUUUUUUUUCUUUAUCGCAAAGACCCACGUCAAUCGAACGCAUCCGCGAAGAUAAUAUAACAACGGGCGGGGUAGUCGUCUGAGAAUGAGUGGAAGUCGUAAGGGGGUGUAGGUAUGAUGAUGGGUGAUCGUCGUAGAAGGAUAGGUCGUCGAAGAAAGAUGGGUAUAUAGUCGUCGGUGAACGAGUAGACUGAGUAGAGGUGUAGAGUGAAUGCCCACACUCGUGCCCGUCAAUAUUCGCCUGUCCGGAAACCCGUACAUCAGCACCACCGCGACCCGCGUUCGUGACCAGUGUCUGUAUACAUUGUAGAUACAUUUCGUACCUAUAUUUGACCUAUCUCAUCCAGAUAAUUUUUGGAAAAUCAUCUAUUAUCUUAUAAAAAAUAUGUAAAAUAAAUACUGUCGUCGUUUAAAAUUAUCCAAGUCUAUGUUUUUUUUUUUUUUUUUUAAUAAUUUCUCAAUAACCUACCUAUGUAUAGUUAACAUGAUAUAUUUUGUAUGUUUUUAUAAGGUAAAAUCAUAUUAUCAUAUAUUUACUGUUGUGUGGUUUUUGAUGACGUAACUACCUUAUAUGGUAUAAUAUAUGAUAUUUUCGUAAUAUUGUAAAAAUUAUGUAACACAAUAUACAAUAUAAAUGUAAACUAAAAAUAACUAAUUUAUUUCAAUGUAUUAAUAAAAUUUUGUAUA